UCAGUCCAGUGAGCAGUCCAAACUCUAUACAACGAAUGUUCUUAGAGGAUCACUUCGAGCUGAUUGUAGAGAGAGAAAGCAAAUGAAAAGCUUUAUUUCAGUUAACUAAAUGCAAUUAGUUCUCACAUGUAAAAUCCCAAACUCCGGCAUUAGGCAGCGAAAAUUACAUGUAUAUUCUGAGAAAUCCUUGGAGAGAGGAAGGGACGUCUAAACGAAGAUGGGAGGGUACAACUGGCCAAAAUGGAACGCAGCCCAAAUGAACUGCGCCAGACAGACAGCAGUCUUAGCAUUCACGCUUUCCUUCCUCUAACUCUGCCCACGGAGAAAGCUCCUGCAACACAAUGACUUCUAACUCCAAUCUUUCCAACAUGCGUCGCCUUGUGGAACAGCUCAAACUAGAGGCCAGCGUGGAACGGAUCAAGGUGUCCCAAGCGUCUGCAGAGCUGCAGCAGUACUGUCUGCAGAACGCAGCGAAGGAUGCCCUGCUGGUGGGUGUUCCCACAGGCAGCAACCCCUUCAGGGAGCCCCGCUCCUGCUCCCUGUUCUGAAUCAGGAUAGGACACUGUUCCGAAGGCAUGGGCUAGGAGUGCCAGCAACACAGACCAACACACACACACAGGCACACACACACACACAUAUCCUCUAGUUCAGAGUGUAUUUUUGCAUUAUGUCUUUAUGAUGGUUGGUUGUACUGAGAACUAAAUUACUUGUUUUUUACUAAUGAACUUAAUAUGAUAAGCAUGUUUAUUGUACAUAUUUAUUUGGCACAUUUCCAUGUGCUAAAUGGGUUAAUAGUGUCUUAAAUUGCCAAAUAACAUUUUGUGAGCUAAUAUUUUCCUUAAAGAAAUGAAAAACUGCUAUGGUAUACAACAUUAAGUAUUGUGCGUACUGCACAGUUUUUUUUUAUACAAAUGCUUAAAUAAAACAGGAUACCUAAAUAUGACCUAUUU